GGGGCUGAGGAUCAGCAUGCUGGAGGAAGGCAUGAAGUGAGACACAAGUACAGAAGUGAGGGAGGGAGCUGUCCUGCAGCCGCACAGUCUACAUAGACUCAGAAUGAAGCUGGCAGCCAAAUAAAUAGAAGAUUGGACUAUACACAAAGGUGUCCCCCUCGGCAGACACACAAGGCCGGACACUUGUGAGCCAAGACACUUGUCAUAUUCUGCACUGGCAAAAUGUUGUGUAUGGUCCAUUGAGGGCAUGCGGUAUUGCCUAGGUGUGCAGGCAGAUAGAUGCGGUAUAUGAGUAUAUAGAGGUUGGUGCACACCGUGUGUACCCCUCUGCUUGGUGAGAUGCCCAUGUUGCUUCUGCACCUCCUCCUGCUCCUCAAUUUGGUGCCAUCUAUACCAUCUGAGCGCCCACCAAGUUGUCAUGAGGUGCGUGCAGCGUUCCAGCUCCAGCAGGUCGGGAGAGGUCGACUGGUGCCCGAGGUACCCAUUGAGGACUCUGACCUCCAAAUCUGUGAACCGAAGGCCCCAACAUGUUGCACCAGGAAGAUGGAGGAAAGUUACCAGGCUGCAGUGAAGAGAAAGCUGUCUCACAACAUUCAAGCCUUGAACUUUGAGCUGAAGUUUAUGAUUGUCGCACAUACAUCUGCCGUCCAAGAGACAUUCACUUAUUUGAUUGACAUGGCUACAAACAACACACUUUCUUUGUUUGACAGCAAGUACCGCUCAAUGUCUCAAGAUGUACGUGAGUCUGUGAAGGAGCUGUUCACUGACCUCUCACUUAAUAUAAUGGGAGCUGACUUGCCCUUGGAAGAUGCGUUCUCUAGAUUUUGGGAUGCUCUAUUCCCCCUCGUCUACAACCACCUUAUAAAUCCAGGGGUAGCGUCAUUGUCAGAAGAGUACUUGGACUGUCUACGCUUGACAAGACAGGAUAUUAACCCGUUUGGCAAUUAUUCAAAUGAAAUGCUUGUACAUUUGUCCAAGUCUUUAUGGGCCAGUCGAAUGAUGAAACAAGCUUUUAGCAUGGCUGAACAAGUUAUCAACACUACUGAGCAUGCAGGUUUGACCCGGGAGUGCACACGUGGAUUGGUGAAAAUGCAGUAUUGUCCUCACUGCCAAGGACUUACUCUUAUCCGACCUUGUGUUGGCUACUGUCUCAAUGUUAUGAGAGGAUGUUUGGCCAGCUUAGCAAGUCUAGAUGGCCCCUGGAGAGACUUCAUUAACUUGCUGGAGCACCUUGCUGAUCAAAUGACGGGAUCACAUGAUCUGGAACAGUCUCUUUUAGGUAUUCGGGAUGUGGUUAACCAGUCAAUUCAUUACGCUGAGUCACAAGGCCCCUACCUUUCCAGGAUGGUAGAAAAAGUAUGUGGUGAACUACAAGAAAGCCCUGCCAAGCUGCCUGAGGAGAAGACGAUGAAAGAACAAGUGGCAGAGCUAUCUCCUGUCCCAAAACGACACUCUCUAGGACAACUGAGAAGCUAUCUGCCUCUGAAAGCCUCGAAGAAUGACAGGCCUCACAGUUUGAAAAGAAUCUCUCGUGAUUUCAUCAAGUACAUGAAGCCAUCACGGGCAUUUUAUACCACCUUGGCAGAACGGCUGUGUGAUGGGGACCUGGCUGGAAGAGAUGGUUCGACAUGCUGGAACGGAGAAGAUGUGGUGGAGAGUUACACCAACCUCGUUGUUUCCAGUGAUUUUAAAGAUCAAGUAAACAAUCCAGAAGUAAAAGUCCGAGGGUCCAACGUCAUCAUCAACCAAGUUAUCAAUAAGAUGCGGCUCUUCAUACAGAUGGGCAGUGAAAAGAGGAUCAAGGCAGAUCGUUGGCGCAUAACAGAAGGUAGCGGAGGAUAUAGCAGAUCAGAAGGCGAAGAAGCGAGUGGUGACUGUGACGAUGAAGAUGGUUGUGAAGGAUCUGGUGACAACUUAGGUCCAGAUACAAAGAGACGGAUAGAAGACAUCGGCAUGGACAAUGUAACAGCAAAUGACCCUGUCCGCCGAAACCCCAGUGCCACCAAGAUUCCACCUAAACAAAGGAAUUCCUCAAAUGCCACCAGCAGGUUACACGGCUCCUUGGCUUUACUUGUGGCUGCCUUAUUCAUAAUAUGUCCGUUUCUAUCACAGUUUUGCAGUGCUACAUUUUAAGAAUCUACUCGAAAAUCCUUUGAAGCCUUAUCCAAGUGAAGUAAAAUUGUAGCUUUGUUUAGGACAAACAAGAAGAGAACCAAGUACCGAAUGACCUUGGAUGAGUCACCCCACUGUUGAAAUGGGAUGACAAGCUGGCAAGCUAGACGUAUGUCUCGGGAACUGUAAGGAUCGAGGUGACAGAUAAUAAACAACUCUCACACCUCAAGCAACAUGAAAACAAACUCUCAGUUAUUAAGCGGAUUGGUUUCCCAAAUGUGAUUUACGACGUGGAAGUGAAACUUGGACAAAGUCACAGUGGAUGAACUCUCGCAGUCCAAUACCUAAUCUAAUAAUGUAGAGAAACCUGCCUUUGUUAAUAAACGGACAGGAUAGAACUGGAAUGAUACAUUU